UUUUUUGCUGAAUGUUUUAUCCAAAUUGAUGGUGUAUAAAAUCAUAAGCUCUGCUUGUGAUAGUAAUCCACUUUUCCUUCUUCCUUAGGAAAAAGGUCUCGCCUUUGUGCGAACUCCGAGUUCUUCUGCUUGUUGUCGGCGUGGGAUGUGAUAACGUUCAGUAGAAGAUCGAAGAUGAGCCCUCCUAUAAGUUCCUGGUUUUGAUUCCCUCAUUUUUAUCCUCGCCAUGGAAGCAAUCGAUUGGAUUAUUAGAAGAAGAGCGACGAACGGAUCGAUCGAAGAUGGCGAAGUGAGGAAGUUGCGGCGCGUGAGACUUCCCUUCUGGUCUUAUCCGCCAUGCCGUCCUCCUGGUUCCUGACCUCCCUGAACGAUAAUAAAGUUUGGAUCUUGGGUUGCUUUUUUCUGAUUCGUUGUCCUAGUCCUCUUAUUCUUUGCCUUCCUUUUUCUUUGGAUCCUGUCUUUGUUGCUGCGAUUGAUGAGUUCUGUUCCUGCUGGGGAGUUGGGGCUUUUUAGGGGUUUUCCUAAUGGCCUGGUGUCUGGGUUUCGGCUGGAUUCGUCGUCUUCUUCGUUUGGGAUGGACGGAGAAAGAAGAGAGUUUGUGGUGGCACCUUCCCGAUUGGGGGUGAAGAAGGAUGGUAGAGGGAUCGUGGAUGUGAAGACGGCCAUGGCACUGAAGAGCCACAGCGAGGCGGAGAGGCGGCGGAGGGAGAGGAUAAACGGCCACCUCGCCGUGCUGCGGCGUAUGGUUCCCUGCACAAACAAGUUGGACAAAGCUGCCUUACUUGCACAAGUGAUCAAUCAUGUAAAAAAACUGAAGAAGAAUGCUGCAGAAAAUAGCAAAGGUUACACCAUCCCCUCUGAUGCCGAUGAAGUACGAGUUGAAAUUGAACGCGAUGCAACAAAUACUGGUAUUUUUAUCAUCAAAGCAUCAAUAUGUUGCGAGGACCGACCAGAUAUCAUUGCAGAUCUUAUGCAAACACUCCAAAGUUUACAUCUGAAAAUUAUUAAGGGCGAGAUCUCCACUUUAAAUGGCCGAGUAAAGAAUGUACUUGUGAUGACACCUGAAGGGAAUUCUGGCAUUGUUGACAGGCAUCUUUUUGCGACCUCAGUCCACCAAGGCCUCGAGUCCAUACUUGAUAAAGCAAAUUCGCAAGUAGGUCAUCUGCCAAGAUCCUUGUUUUCUAACAAGAGGCGCAGGAUCCCGCCCUUUGACUCCUCGACUUCCUCUUCUUCAAGGAAUUGAAGCUUAUACUCAACACUUCUUUCAUCCAUGGCUGCAGCUGGUGCUUAUUGAUAUUUCUGUUUUGGAUGAAUGGAUAUUCCCUAUUGUGUGUUUGUUUGAUGUUCUGCUAUUUGUUCAUGAGAAGCAUAUUUGUUUGGUGUAUAUAAAUCAAUUGUGUGUUCAGAAUGAAUCUAUUGUGAUGUGCAGUUGUAAACUUCGUUUUUACUUCAAGCAUUUCAUUGUGGGAAUGGAGAUUAGUUUCAUCUAA